UGCAAACACACAGGCUGUGCGAAAUCAGGUAAAGCCUCAGAUAGAAGAGUCACUGACGGUGUCACUGUUACUGCUGUAAAAUGCUACAUAGAAUUAUCUUUAUGAUAUGUGUCCUUGUACACCAACAUCACUUUUUCAGUUUGGGAGAGGUGGUCACCCCUAAGCCAAUAAUUGAAAAUAACACAUAUAUAAACCCAGAACUUGGUAAGUAUCAUGCCAGGUUGAGAACAAUCAGUAGGAGCUGUCUGGAUAUCAAGGAGGUAUUUGGAGCCACAACAGAUGGCAUCUAUUUCCUAACAACAGAAAACGGUUUCAUGUACCAGGCAUUCUGUGACAUGACCACAGCUGGAGGUGGCUGGACACUGGUAGCCAGUGUACAUGAGAACAACAUCAAUGGGAAAUGCACUGUAGGUGACCGCUGGUCAAGCGAGCAGGGUAGUGAUCCCAGACGGCCUGAUGGUGAAGGAACCUGGGUGAACACUGCCACAUUUGGCACUGCAGAGGGUGCUACCAGUGAUGACUAUAAGAAUCCUGGGUACUAUGACAUUUAUGGGGAGGAUGUGGCAGUGUGGCAUGUUCCUAAUGAUGUUCAGCUCCAAAACUGGGCAAAUACUUCAAUACUGCGCUACCACACUGAAACCCAUUUCCUCGACCAAAAUGGUGGAAGCCUCUACCAGUUAUUUAAGAAAUAUCCAGUGAAGUUUGGAGCAGGAGCGUGUAAAGACAAUAGAGGUCCUUCUACCCCAGUGGUAUAUGAUACAGGUGACGAGGAUUCAAUGACAGACCUUUAUGGAGCAGCUGGAAAAGGUGAGUUUGAGCCGGGCUUCGUCACCUUCAGAGUGUUUAAUGAGAAGAAGGCAGCGAUGGCUCUGUGCUCUGGGAUCAAACCAACUGGAUGCCAUACAGAACAUUACUGCAUUGGGGAAGUAGGACAGCAUGAUCAGUGUGGAGACUUCGCUGACCUUCAUGGGGCUCCUAAAAGGAGCUCAUCCAAAGACAUAACAGAGGCAGCAGUUCUGAUCUUCUAUCGCUGACAGCCUUUGUCAUAUUUUUUAAGUACUUUUUAACUUUUGAAAAAUUUAUUUGGUCAUACUGACAAUUGUUGCUGUGACUGCAGCAUCUGCAAAAUGUUUGUAUCUUGAUUAUGACUAUGAAAUAAAAAUUCAUUUAAACUAG